CACAUGUGAACUUUGGAUUCUCAGACUGAGUUGAGUUUUUACCGGGACGCUCUGACGUUGCUCUGCGGGCUCUGGACGUCUGGUCCCCGGGGUGAACAGUCUGAUACUCGGCCUCCUGUUCCAACCUGCAGCUGCUCCAGGAUUUCCGGGUAAAUCCUCCACAUCAGAUCCGUGUGUGGAGCCUCAGCUGCGGUCACGAGUCUCUCACAACACGCGCUCACUUCCUGCAGCUCCGCCCCGGACAGAGAGGUCUGCUCUCCCGGUGAAAGCUGCUCGGCUCCGGGACUCGGCAUGUCUUCUCUGGAGGUGGUGCAGCGGGGCCUGGAGCUCGCAGGGCAGCGUCACGUCCUUCAGUUCUGGCCGGAGCUGGAUGAGGAGGAGAGGGAGCGGUUCCUCCAGGAGCUGGCUCUGCUGGACCUGGACGGGCUGCGGGCUCACUGUGAGCGGGCUGCGGCCGCUGCUGCGUCUCCUCCGGCCAGCGUGGACCGACACAUCGAGCCGGUUCCUCCGGAGCUCAUCGGCAGUGUGAAGAAAAGUGACCGGGAGAGUCUGUCCGCCUGGGGGGAGGAAGGGCUGCUGCAGAUCUCACAGAAUCGAGUCGGGGUCCUGCUCCUGGCCGGAGGUCAGGGGACCCGGCUCGGGGUCCAGUAUCCCAAAGGGAUGUAUAACGUCGGGCUGCCGAGCAACAAAACCUUGUACCAGAUCCAGGCAGAGCGAAUUCACAAAAUCCAGGAGCUGGCAGAUGUUAAGCGUGGAUCAAAAUGCUCAGUACCGUGGUACAUAAUGACCAGUGAGUUCACUCUGGCUCCCACUCAGAAGUUCUUCAAGGAGAACAACUACUUCGGUCUGGAGCCGUCAAACGUCAUCCUGUUCGAGCAGAGGAUGAUUCCAGCCGUGACCCUAGAUGGAAAGGUCAUCCUGCAGGGGAAAGGGAAGAUCGCCAUGGCGCCAGAUGGUAACGGCGGGCUGUACCAGGCGCUGGUGGACAAUAAGGUUCUGGAGGACAUGAAGAGGAGGGGGGUGGAAUACCUGCACGUGUACUGUGUGGACAACAUCCUGGUCAAGAUGGCCGACCCCCUGUUCAUCGGGUUCUGCGUGAGCAAAGGGGCCGACUGCGGCGCCAAGGUGGUGGAGAAGGCGUACCCCACAGAGCCAGUGGGCGUGGUCUGCAGGGUGCAGGGCGUGUCCCAGGUGGUGGAAUACAGCGAGAUCCAACCAGACACGGCCGAACUGCGAGGACCUGGAGGAGAGCUGGUCUACAGCGCAGGAAACAUCUGCAUCCACUUCUUCACCAGAGCGUUCCUGCAGGAAGUGGCAGAGAAAUUUGAAAGUCAACUCAAGCAACACGUUGCGAUGAAGAAGGUUCCCUUCGUGGACUCGGAGGGGAAUCAGGUCAAACCCACCAAACCCAACGGGAUAAAGAUGGAGAAGUUUGUUUUUGACGUCUUUCCCUUCUCCAGGAACUUCGUUGCCUUUGAGGUUGUAAGAGAAGAAGAGUUUUCUCCUCUGAAAAAUGCCGACGGUGCAGCGACCGACAACCCGACCACGGCCAGGAACUCUCUGCUGGCUCAGCACUGCCGCUGGGCCGCAGCCGCUGGAGCGACGCUGCUGGACCAACACGGGAAACCACUUCCUCCUGCAGCCAGUGUAUCACCAGCAGACGCUCCUCCAGCUCAGUGUGAGAUUUCUCCGCUGGUCUCUUAUUUUGGAGAGGGUCUCGAUCUGAUGCUGAAAGGAAAGAAACUGGCAACUCCUCUGAACCUGGAUGAAACAAAGGCCAAAGAUCUUCAGUGAUGAAUCAUCUCUUAAUGUGAAAAUCAAACCUCCAUCUCUCAUAGUUCUCACUUUUUUAAGAGCUACAAAUAAAUGUGAUCAUUUCAAAUCUAAGAAUGGAAUUUAAAUAAACAUUUUUUUUACAUCUAAUAAAAAAUGUGUUCUAAAAAGCAAA